UUUAGCGCAGAGAUCCUGAUUUCUUUUUUGAGUACAUGGUUGAUGGGGAAGGACACCUAAAGGGCCUAUUCUGGUGUGACAGUCAAUGUCUGCUUGAUUAUGAAGCUUUUGGUGAUGUCGUUGUAUUUGAUAGCACCUACAAAACUAAUCGGUACAACCUACCCCUUGUUCCUUUUGUUGGGGUGAAUCACCAUCGAAGCACAGUUAUUUUUGGGUGUGGAAUUAUUUCUCAUGAGAAUAUUGAGUCAUAUGUGUGGAUGCUACAUACAUUUUCUGAGGCCAUGAUUCAGAAGCAUCCGGUCUCCGUGAUCACUGAUGGGGACCUUGCUAUGCAGAGAGCAAUCAGGUUGGUGUGGCCGAAUUCAUCGCAUAGGCUCUGCAUAUGGCAUAUUGAGCAGAACAUUGUGCGCAAUGUUAAAGAUGAUGUUGUGAAAGAUGAAUUCAGGAGUUUCCUUUAUGAUUGUUGGCCCAUAGAAGAGACUGAGACAAAAUGGUUGCAAUUUUUGGAUAAGCAUAAGGUUACCAAUAAGGAGUCAUGGUUGUGUCAGAUGUAUGAUACGAGGGAAAUCUGGUGUGCUUCGUAUCAUGCUGGUAAGUGCUACUUAGGACUAAGGAGCAACCAAAGGAGUGAGAGCCUAAACUCUAGGAUUCAUAUGCGUCUAGAUCGUAAAAUGACACUGCUUGACAUGGUACGUCAUGUGGACCAUUGCCUUUCAGGGCUGCGCGCAAAUGAGGCAAAGUUGGACACCGAUGCAUUGCAAUCUGAGUUCAACAUAAAAGCAGCCAAGAAGUGUUUUUUGAUUGAGAUUGAGGAUGGUGAUAAUAUGAGUGAGUAUAUUGUCGGCAGGAAGGAUAAAGGAGACAUGAUGUACUUCGUCAAAUGUGAAUUUUGUGAUGAAGGCAAUCUUAAGGAAAUUUCUUGUUCUUGUCGUAAGUUACAAUCGAUUGGAACCCCCUGCUCACACAUCUAGAACCUUCUUUAUCUUUUUCUCCGAAAUGUUUGUCUACACACCAAGUUCUCAUGUAGAGGACUAUUAGAUCACCCAUAGUGAGUGAUAUAAGAACAUAUGUAGUGCCAUAAUGUUGUUUAAAUAGCAAGGGUAAUUUCAUCGAAGCCAAUUUAACUAAAAACUCGGUUAACCAAAUUUUCCAUGAUCUAUUCAAUGAAGAUUUAGCACUAUUCAGUGAUCAGUGGUAUGUUGUAGGUGGCGUUAACCAAAUUUCUUUGUGACUAUUUAAGUGUACCUCUAUGAGGCUUUACUUGCUGGAAGCAUUCUUUGUUGCUUUUCA